CGUCCAAAGCAAGUCUGGCAGUGCACUGCUGCACCAGGCCCCAGUCAGGUGGGGAAGCCUGAGGACAAACACACGCCAGCUCCAAACUUCCCGGCUGGGGAACCAUCAAAAGAUUUACCUGGGCUACUUUGGAGACCCACCAGCCUUCUCCCUGCAAAUAGGAAAUCUGCAUACCCCUGGGCAAAUCCGUCAGCGUGAGACUGAUCUCUUUGCGGAGCUACAGAGCCACAGGUUGCUUGAAUGCUGGUUGAGACAAUGGAGAAGUAUGAGCAAAUGCUAAUCAUAGGCAGGGGAUCAAGUGCUGAGGUCUUCCUGAUGAGGAACACAGAGACAAAGAAACUGUUUGCCGUGAAAAAAAUCAAGACAGAUCCAUUCAAGAAAAUGAGAACAAAAGAGGCAGUGCUUCAGGAGGUGACCAUCCUGGGCAAACUCAAGCACCCCCACAUUGUAACCUGCCAUGAGCACUUCUUUGAGGAGGAACAUAUGUUCAUAAUCCAGGAUUAUUGUGAUGGUGGCUCCCUGGAUGACCACAUUAAAAUGGGGAAGGAGGGGUACUUUCCCGAGAACACAAUCAUGGAAUGGUUUGUGCAGUUAGCUAUGGCUGUUCAGUACAUCCACUCCAUGAAGAUCCUGCACCGAGAUAUCAAAACAUCCAAUGUGUUUCUCACUAAGAAAGGGAUGGUGAAACUGGGGGACUUUGGCAUUUCGAAGGUCAUGAACAGCACCCUGGACAUGGCAAGCACUUUUGUAGGCACACCCUAUUACUUGAGCCCAGAGCUCUGCGAGGAUGUGCCAUACAGCUCCAAAUCGGACAUCUGGGCACUGGGAUGUGUUCUCUUUGAAAUGUGUGCCUUAAAACCACCCUUUGAUGGAAUAAAUCUGGUCAGCUUGUUUUACAAGAUUGUGAAAGAUGAGUAUGCCACUGUGCCAGAGUGCUAUUCUGAGCCCCUGCAUGGCUUGAUCCAAACCAUACUGGAGAAGUGCCCAGGAAAGAGACCCAGUGCCAGCAGCAUCCUCAACAUCCCUUAUGUCCAGCAACACCUCAACCUUUUUCUUCUUCACCAAGAAUCCCAGCUCUUCAAGCAGCAACAUCUGGCAAAGCUCCAUGAGGAGGACAACACAGAUCCCCUCCCACCCACAUCUCAAAGUAAGACACUGUUGGCUCACCAAGGGAGGGGAGCCGUAAGGCCAAAGUCAGCUCCACCGUAUGUCAGCACACACAGUCCAGAGCUUUUUGAGCCAGAGGAGCUCUCCAGCAUUCUAGACAGCAGCUCAGAUUAUUCUGAAGACUUUGAGCAUGAAAGUGUGUCUUCCAUUGAGGAGAAUUUAGAAGACGACAUACCCAUUCCACCUCUGAUCAAGGAGGUGCCAAGAGAGAUAAACCAGUGCUGCUCUCCUGACAGACUAUACCUCUAGCCCUCUAAGCGCGGAUUUAACAAGAGUGGAAGGAUGAAGCAGAGCUGACCGAUUACCCUGAUGAUUUCGAGGAGGUUGAGGAAACCAGCCUGGAGGAGGUGAGCAAUGCUCGCUGUGCGAUCAAGGUGCUCGCUGAUAAAGAGGCAUUCCAGGAGGAACAGGUGGAUCACCAAGGGCCCGCUGUUCUCUCCUCCACCCUGAAGACUUUGCAGGAGACAUGCAAAGGUGAAGUUGGACCUUCUCUGUAUGAUGAAAUCACAGGUCAGGCCCAGUUCACCCUGAGGAUCUGCAGCCUCAUUUUGAACAUCGAAUGGGCCCUGACCACCUGGAGACCUGCUACCUGCUCCUCAGCUUGGACCAGGAAACAACCUUAGUCCAGGCCUCUUCAUGGAAAUAGCCUGAAGGACGAGAGUUUAGCUGAAGAUACAAAGUAGUGUGCUGCUGAAGUGUUGAUCCGGAUUGGCAAAUAAGGUGGCCUGAUGGCCAAAUGCUGAGUUUCACUCCUUGCUUGGUACAUAAGAGUGGCCAUGCUGGGUCAGACCAAUGGUCCAUCUAGCCCAGUGCCCUGUCUUCCAACAGUGGCCAGUGCCAGGUGCUUCAGAGCAAAUGAACAGAACAGGGAAUCGAGUGAACCAUCCCCUGUUAUCCACUCCCAGCUUCUGGCAGUCAGAGGUCUAGGGACACUCAGAGCAUGCGGUUGCAUCCCUGACCAUCUUGCUAAUAGCCAUUGAUGGACUAUCCUCCACAAAUAGCAUCACAAUAAUAUAAAGCACUGCUGGAAUCCUGCGGAAUCCUGCUGCAGAUAUGGAAUGCAGAAGGAGGGUACAGUGGCAUAGGUUGUGCAGUAUACAAUACCACUUUCCAAUGCAAAACUAGGAUUUUUUCUUUCCAAACUACAUUUUCAUUGCCCUUGGAUUAUUUUUGGCACCAGGAGAUGGAGCUGUAGGAAAUAGCACAAAUUAAUAAAGAUUUAUGACAGAUAUUAGAAGGUUUGACAACUCUGGGCACUGAAGCACAUGGUAUAAGCAGAAGGCUCAAUCAGCAAUGUGAAAAUAUAGACCUUCAUCAAGUCUUGUUCCUUGCUAAUCUGAAGUCUCUGAAACUCCCCAGUCCCUGCCUAUCUUGUGCCACAGCCAAAUAACUAUUGACUUCCAAAUGCUGAUCCACAGACCCAGAAGCUCUAACUAAGCCCAGAGCUGUAACUGUAAUAGGUACCACUUCCCUGGCAGCACAGUUUUGAUCUGGUCUACUACAUCCUUUUAUAGAACUUGUGGGAAAUGAGGGAAUAUGAGAGCUAGUCUUCCCUCUUUCUUAUCUUCAGACUAGAGUCCCGUUGACAGCUGAUCAACUAAUACUUCUGUGAUUUCUAAGUCAAACUGAAGUUCUGAAGUGGAAAGAGUCUCAUAGAUUACACAUGCCAUCUCUGCCUUCAGAAUGUCUGCAGACACAUCUGCAUGGAUUGCCUCCCACUACCCAUAUUAAAAGGGGAAGAGUCAACUUGAAAACCACAUUUCUAUCUGAAAUUUGUGUACCAAAAAUUCCUAUUAAUGAAAGAGAUUAGAGGAAAUAUAUGUAGCAUUUCCAUUUUGACAGAACUCUCAUGCACUCAUUAGGGAGGGGAACUCAUAGGCAGUGUUCCCCAGGCCUGGUCAUGGUGGAGCUCAUGGCUACGCUCAUCCCCAGACCCCACAAGAGGUUGUUUAUUGGUAACAGCAUCAGCAUAGCUGAAAUGGGAGGCGUGUGUAGUGAGGAAAGGACAGGGGAAGUGUGGAGGUCAGAGGGUGCACAUGGUUGUUGGUAUUGCUGCCAGGUAUGCCCAAGAGAUCCUUAUUAAGGAUUAGAAGGGCAGGAAAAGCCUUAUCAAAAUAUUAAAGAAGCAUUGCCAAUCCCAAGUGUUCAAACAUCGUGAGUCAGGCCCAAAAAAUCAUGAGCAUUUAAAAAACAACUUCAGAGUCUUAUUUGCCUUUAGAGUUCACAUUUGCAAACCCAGACACUUACCUUUUAAUGAAAGCUAAGAUUCUCACAUAAUGUCCCAACUCCAAGACCUGGGGGGGGGGGGAAGGGAGGAUGUAAAAAUAUCCACCAAAUAUCACAAGAGUUGAAAACACCGUAAAAAGGAAUUUUUGAAAAACGGCCUGUCCAUGCUAUUUAAAGGGUGCUCUGUCAGAAAUCUGAAUGUUUUAAAACAACUUGACAAUGUCCCUUUAAAUCUGAGAUGGCUUUGAACAGCUAUGACCAUGGGCAUACACAGUUACUGCACUUAACAUAAAAAUAAAGCUAAAACUCAGACUGAGUUGCUGAUUAAUAAUAACUGCAUCAGUGCCCACUUCACAUAAACAAACUCUCGGUCAUCUGCAUUACAGUGACAGUUCUGCUCUAUUUCCUCUGCAACUCUCAAUGGAGAAGAAAGGAAACACCAACGCUUUCAGUAUAUUUAUAUCUUCCUACUCCAUUCAGCUUUUGCAGUAUUGUUGAAAUCAUGUUGGUCCCAGAAUAUGAGACAGACAAGGCAAGCUUCCGUUGGUGAAAGAGACAAGUUUUCAAGCUUCACAGAGCUCUUCUUCAGGCCUGGAAAAGGUAAUCAGAGUGCCACAGCUAAAUAAGAGUUGGGAGAGAUUAUUAAUUGUAAGGGGUUAAGAUAUGUUGCAAGCAAACACUUAUUCCAAAUGCUAAAUUCUACCAAAGAAAGAUCUAGGCAAAUAAUUUCCAGUUAACAAUUUAUUCUACAAAUUCACUCUCUUUUUCUGCUUGCAAAAUAUCCUUGAGCCACUCCUGAUUUACUUAAUUAUAUUAGAAAAAAACAAGGAGUACUUGUGAUACCGUAGAAACCUGUAAUUAUAUUAGUUAUUCACAACCACAACUAUUGAUAAGUGAUUUCUUGACAGACAGGAUGCUAUUAAACUAAGUUUUCUUUAGCCAUCUUAAGAUCUGUUUCUUUAUCUAGUGAUUGUGGGCACCUUCUUAACAGCCUGAUAUUACAUUGUUUUAAUGUAAUUUAAAUGGAAUGCGAGGAUGUGACUUCCUGCUUCUCAGCUAAUGGCUGCUGCUUGGCUGCUCUUUUAAUCUGUCUGCAGAGGAAGGCCUUAGGCUUUAGGCCUUACAGUAUGGUUGCAGACAAAGGCCUUAUCCUUACAGAAGGAUGAGAGUGGGGUAUCCCAAAAAGCAAAGUGACUCAGCAGCAAGAUUGAGCAAGUCUUGAUAGGUCUACUUCUUUGUGUUGGUUUUUUCCCCAUCUCUUUGUUAACACCUUUUAGAGAGGAAGGAUUACACUGUAACUAAAAUAAAGUGUUAGUGAAGAAGUGUGUGGGACACAUGUUAUGCUUUGGAAUAUUCAAAUAUUAUUGUAUCAACUUUCUAAGUGUUAUAAUGAUGCACAUAUCGCUAUGGGCUGUCUAGUGACUGGACUCCUAGCUCAAUGAGUGAGCUACAAGAUGUUUUCCUAUAGGAGCUAAAAUCACUGGUGGGUGUGUGGUGCGGGGGGAGGGGGCAGAGAUAAUGUAUGCAAAUCUCUAAUGCUAAACACCGCAGGUAACAAGUGUGGGGAAGUUUUGUCCCCUGGAGAAAUAGCAUAGAAUGGUUUGACCUGGUUCAAGUGGCCUGUCAGAAAAAGAACUGUAAACCAUAUAAAGUAGCCAUCCUGACAUAGGGAGAGAGUUUACUCACCCUCAAUCCAAGAACAGAGGUGAGAUUGUGACCAAGAGGGACAGGCCCUGCAAAGGAUAUGAAGUACUCUGAAACCUGCCAGAUCUCCAUGUGAAAGGUGGGUGUCCACUUGGUAAGCCAGGCAUUCAUGUAUGUUUUCUCUGUAAUUAUUUUGUUCUGAAUAAAAAGUACUUUGCUUUACG